GGGGCUGAUCAACUGGUGUGUGACACUACUAGCAGUGCUAAUACUACGGUCCUCAUAUUCCUGGCGUGUGUACAUAUCUACAGGUUCUUACCGCUCAGUAAAUAGGGAGUUUGAAUCAGCACAAUGGCCACUCAAUAUCAAAAAUGUGAGACUCGUGAAGUGGUUAUCACCCAGCCAGGCUCGACGGUGGUCCAGGUGACUAGCACGGUGACCAAUCCUCUGAUGCCACGUGGUAACCCACGUGACUGGCACACUGGAAUUUGCUCCUGCUUUGAGGACAUUCCAACCUGUCUGUUGGGACUAUUCCUUGGCCCAUGUCAUCAGUGCUGUAUCGCGACCGAUAUGGGAGAGAACUGCUGCGUGCCUUGCUGCGUACCAAACUCACUCAUCACGAUGAGGACCCAAAUUAGAGGGCGCCAUAACAUUCAGGGUACUAUCCUCACCGACUGUUGUCUGUCUACUUUCUUGGAGCCGUGUGCACAAUGCCAGCUUGCCCGGGAAGUUAAGGCCAUCAAGGCGGGAAAAGCACAGGCCUAAGACCCCCGGCUACGAUAUAUGAGCUCAACAGCAGGUCAUGGGCAAACGACAUCUUUCAAUUCGCAGACAUUUACACUUUAAAUGUAGUUUACUUACAUAAUACUAUUCCGAUAAUUCUAAUAUUUACAAUUCAUUUACUUUGAUUUUUUCUCUUUGUGUUUGGGCUAAGGAAAUUUGUAAAUUUCUUUCAUUGUUAAGAUGUCGAAAUUCAAACACGGUCGACUGAUUUUCCAAUUUCAUUUUCAUUGUUAAUAUUCUAUAUGCUGCCAACCUAAUCGAAGUAACUAGAAUAUGGUUGGUUUGGUAGAACUUGUUUCAAAGUCAAAUGCGAUGAGAAACAACGAGAAAUGGUACAUUGUAAAAUAAAAACAUGUUGGGUAAGAUUUUAACCAGCACGAGGGUAAUUAUGUGUCCAACCAAUUCGGGGC